AUGACGGUUAUAUCAAACAAGACUCUUGGUCCGAUGAGGUGGCCACGGCUCUCUACGCUUUUUGGGCGAGAGAAGGGCAGCUUAGGUUCGAGGCGCGCACGUAAGACCUGUGAGUGGGAUGUUCCCACGGGUUCGGGUCAGAACGAGCCAGUAGAGACGACUGAGAAAGUAUGUUGUAUACUCAUAAUCUAUCUGAACAGCCGAAUCUCGACUCAGUAA